AUGCGACUCUCCUACGGAACGUAUGUGACUAUCUGGAAGUUAAUGAAAGAAUGGCCUAACUGUGCCUUUAUAUCGAUUGAUCAAGAAAAAGCGUUUGAUUAUGUUGACUGGGGCUUUUUAGACAGAAUUUUAGGUACUAUGAACUUUGGUCCACAAUUUCGAUCAUACAUUAAAAGUAUUUAUCAUGACAUUCGGAGUGCUAUAAUAUCCGAUGGUUAUGUUUCAGAGUCUUCUCACGUGCAACGAGGUGUACGACAAGGGUGCCCGCUAUCUCCAUUGUUGUUUGUCAUAGUGGCGGAAGUGUUUGGACAAGCGAUUCGAAAGUGCUCAGAAAUACAAGGAUUGCGUGUGCCUGGAGGGAAGGAAGUGAAAAUAUCACAAUAUGCUGAUGACAACACCUGUAUUGUUACCAAUUCAUAUGGUCUUGUUAAAGUCAUUGAUGUCUUUAAUGAAUAUGGUCGAGCAUCCGGAGCGAGGCUUAAUACAACGAAAUCAAAGGGUCUUUGGCUCGGUAGGUGGCGUUCUCGUACUGAUUCACCCUGUGGUCUAACGUGGGUUAACACGAGCCUAAAAAUUGUUGGUAUUUACUUUGGUUCCGAAAACGCAAAGAUCCAAUCAUGGGAAGAGGUUACUGCCAAAUUCAAGGGAAUAUUGAAGAAAUGGGAACCACGGUAUCUGACGUUAGGAGGGAAAAUGACGGUGAUCGGGAGUUUGGUGGCUUCGACGCUUUAG